AUGAAAGCGGCUGCCACGUCUCCGCGGAAAGUGAAGUGUAUUUGUGUGACACACCAAGUCAAGGACAUUUCACUUUCGUUGGAUUUGCCCUUUAACGACGAAAAUUAUAAAUUAGUGCGGAUUGGAUAUGAUGACUUCUCAAACAAAGUCCUUCAGAUAUACAAAAACGAGAAUACCAAAUGGGUUUUUGCAACAGUAAUUCAUGGGAUAGAGGAGAUCUUAUGGAAUAGCAGAGAUUGCAUCAAAAAUUUGUAUUUCGUUUUGCCCCUCCCACAAAAACGCAAAAUGCCAGUACUGGCACCACACGAAAACGGCAGUAAAAAGUCAUCGAAAGUACAAAAACGACUUUUCAAGUCUGGACCGUUAGACAAGUUUAAAGGAUCGUUGUUUCAAAGUCUUCCCAUCGGCAAUUUUCCGCGAUUCAAGUCUUCAAAUUUUGGAAAAUCAUCCGAAGGAAUUCCAACGGGAGGGUUUGCCUUGAAAAGUGACUCUCCAAACGUCUGUCUUCCCAAAACGGCUUUACCCGUUAAACCACUUUGCCUCUCCUCAACAAAUUGUGUUGAAAAAACACAAGAAAAGAGAGAAAAUUUAUCAUUCAAAAAUUCGCUUGGGCACCAAACGCAAAAAUCACUUGGGACAUCAUUGCCUUCCUUUUUCAAUACAAAACAAAAUGACAUCAAACAACUCAGUAUCAAGUCAUCCAUUCAAACAAGCUCAAAUAAACGACAGAUCACUGCAGAGGUAUACACGAAAGCGUUUUAUGUUGGAUAUACUUUAAACGAGAUAUAUACAAACCCUCAAACCCUUCAAAAUUUAUUCGAAUUUUUUGGGAAUGAAGCAAUAUUUAAAGUGCAUGUCCUCCCAGACUCUUCUGCAUCGACGGAAGAGGUCGAAGACACUUUCAAGACGUUCACCACACUCAUAGAAAAGAAUUAUGAAGGCAACAAAACAGACUUGGGUAACGUCAUUCGCUUCGGGCGCGCGUACAAAAAGGUCUUAACCCUUCUCGACCUUCGAUCAACACUGAUUGAGUGGAAGUCAUACUAUAUCAAUGUUGUCCAACAAAUGGAGUCCAUUGCUUUCAAGAUAUCCAAAUUGUUUUCUCCGGACUUUUCAGACCACAUUAUGAAGAUAAGCAAUUACGACCAGACGCAAAAUGUCAAGUCUUUCAACUUCAAAGAGCAUUUCGAGCAAUUGCCGUCGUUAUUCAUUGUGUUUUAA